AUGGAAAGCUCAAAAGCUGGGUUAUGGAAAGUUGAAGCAGUAAACCAUGGACGCGCCCGUUUGAGAACUUGUUUCCAAUUCUGCUUCCCUACAUGUCAUGAGCCUCAAGCGCAACUUUCGGUGUUCAGCGGCCAGCCAGCCUACCGUCCCCCAGAACCCCAGUUAGAGAUCUUCCUUGGUCGCCGAGUAUCUUUUUUAAGGUCAGCUGAGGUCCGAUGCGUCCCGGUUUACGGGGACAAUGGCCAUGGGAACAACAACAACCAAUCCUAUGCAGGUGCUUUAAUUUGGGUUUACCCCUGUGUGUCUUGA